UGUUUAGGACAUAGAAGCCCGUUCGUCUAAUCGGCUACCAAAACCCUUCGACCUGAACCUAAUUCACUGUAGUUGCACAGAGAUUUUAAGUUGGUGGAGCAAAUGAGUGGAAGAGGAGAAGGAGAUUUGACUCUGGUCGUGAGGAAACCCUGCUUCAAUUUGCCCACUGGAUGCCCAGAUUGCUUGCCCGUUUAUUUCUAUCUAAAAUUGGCCAAUCUUCAUUUUCACUUGGAUUUCAAUCUCAUUUACCCCGAGUCUGAUAUAAUUCCUUAUGUUGAAACUGGUAAUUAUGUGGAGUACAAUAAUGAGAGGGGCGGGGUCAUUGAGUGUUUAAAACAGGAUAGUAUCGUUGAUCUCGAUACUGAGUUUCACUCAGUUCCAGAAUGGGUAUCUGCAAAAUCUAUGGUUAGUUCCUGGCUUGCUGAUGCUGCCAUUUACGAGCUUUGGUUGGGAACUGAUGGUGGUUCAGCUCAAAAGGUCUAUUAUUCUGACCUUCCCUGGCCGAUUGGAAAGGUUUUGUACUUUAAGAAAGUACACUCUGUGAAGCUCCAACUUGGAAUUAACAAAGAAAAUGCUGAGCGAAGAGAAGAGCAGAUUUAUAGAAAUGCAAAUCUUGCUUAUGGAGCUUUGUCAACUAGGUUAGGAGAGCAGGAUUUUUUGUUUAAUAACAGGCCAUCUAGUUUAGAUGCACUUGUUCUUGGGCAUCUACUUUUCACUCUUCAAGUACUACCUGAAACAUCCGUGCUUCGUAGUAAACUUUUAGAGCAUAGUAAUCUUGUGCGAUAUGCGGAGAAAUAUAUGACAGAGUUGGUAGAAGUCGGUACAUCAUCGAUGCCAUCAUCUUCUUCCUCACGUUCCAGUUCAGGGGCUUCAUCAUCAACACCUAGAAGGGGUCCUUAUAAUUGGAGCUCGAAGCCGAAGACGAAGCCAAAGAAAGAAAAGACGAACGAGGAGAAAACGUUUAAAAGGAGAGCCAAGUAUUUUGUAGGCGCACAGCUUGUGGCAGUUCUACUUUUUCUCACUCUCAUGGGCAGAGGUGAUGAUGCUGAAGUGGAGCUGGAUGAUGAUGAAGGCUAUGAUUACAGUGAUUGAAGUAAUUCUUGAAUUUCUACAUUUUUGGAAGAGAUGACAACGCCAGUAGUAGCUCUUUGAGGAGGAGGAUAACUUUUACUUUCAUUUUUUACUUUCACCAAACAUUUUGAUAGUUGACAUCAACAUAUUUUAAAUGGAAGAGAAAUAAAGUGUCUGAUUCUGAA